AUGCAGAAAUCGUUAGGGUUUAAAUUGAUCCGCAGGUGCCGCCAAAGGCGCCAAAGCUGUGGCAAAGAAAAAGCAGCUCCGCCAAGCAGCAAUAGCCCAGCCAAGCCAGCCAAACAGGAGAGUGAGGAGGAUCAUGAUGAUGAUGAAGAAUCUGAAGAGAGGGAAGCUCUCCCAAAGAAGAAGGCUAACCCCUGCCAAAUUAGCAACUCCACAAAGAGGCUGCGCCUGCAAGAGGAAUCUGACGACGACGACAGGGAGGGACGACGCCAUUUCCUCUGUCUCACAGAUGGCGAAUCAGGAAAGGAAGAGCCACCGCCUCCUCCCAAGAAAGCCACACCUGCUAAAGCCACACCUGCCAAAGCCAUAGCAAAGAAAGCAGCUCCUGCCAAGAAGGCUGCUCCUGCUGAGGAGCCCUCCGUCUCCAAUUUGACUGUAGAUGAGUCUGAAGAGGAAGAAGCCCGCGCCCUAAAAAGACUGCUGACUACUGCAGCCAAAAGCGCACCUGCUGCAAAAGCACCUGCUAAGCGUAAGGAGAGCCUGAUUAAUGAUGAAGAUGAUGAGGAUGACUAUGAUUAUGAAGAGGAGGAAAAUGGACACGACUCCCAUGUGGGCAAAAGGCAGGAAAUGGUGAAAGCGAAGGAGGACCCAAAAUAAAAUACUAUGGAGGAUGAUGAUUAUAAUAAUGGAAUACAAAGAGAAGAAGAAACCCCCGUCACUCCAGGGAAAAGGAAGGCCGAGGCCAAAAAAGAGGGAACGCCGCCAGCUAAGAAAGCUAAAACUGAUGGCGAAGGUUUCAGUCUCUUCUUGGGCAACUUAAACUCCAAUAAAGACUUUGAUGAAAUCAAGUCCGCGAUCUCAAAGUUCUUCAAGGAAGGCCUUGAAAUUCAGGACGUCAGACUUGGCGGUAGCAAGAAAUUUGGUUAUGUUGACUUUGCGUCAGAGGAAGAUCAGAAGGCUUUGGGGCUCAAUGGCAAGAAGCUGAUGGGCCAACCGGUGAAACUCGACAACCAAAAGCAAGAAGACUCUCAGGAUAGCAAAAAAGAGAGAGAUGCACGCACGUUGUUCGUGAAGAACCUGCCCUACUCCAUAACGCAGGAGGAACUGCAGGAAGUGUUUGAGCAGGCUACUGAUAUCAGGAUACCGAUGGGCAGCAACGGUUCUAGCAGAGGAAUCGCAUACCUGGAGUUUAAGUCCGAGGCGAUCGCUGAGAAGACGAUGGAGGAGGCGCAAGGCUCGGAUGUUCAGGGCCGCUCCAUCAUCAUAGACUUCACCGGAGAAAAGAGUCGGCAGGGCAGCAGAACCGUUGGUCAAGCCAACAAAAUCCUGGUUGUAAACAACCUAUCGUUCAGCGCGAAUGAAGAGUCCCUCCAGAGUGUGUUUGAGAAGGCCGUGUCCAUCAGAGUACCACAGAACAACGGCAGACCGAAGGGAUUUGCUUUUUUGGAGUUAGGCGUGGAGGAUGCCAAGGAGGCGCUGGAGAAUUGCAACACAGAAAUCGAGGGCAGAAGUAUCCGAUUAGAGUUCAGUCACGACAGAGAUCGCAGCAGUGGAGGAGGAAGAGGAGGCUCUGGGCCAACAAAAACCCUGUUUGUCAAGGGUCUGUCAGAGGACACCACAGAUCACUCUCUGAAAGAAGCUUUUGAAGGAGCCGUCAGCGCCAGAAUCGUCACCGACAGAAAAACCGGAUCAUCGAAGAGAUACGGCCGUUUUUGAUACUCUCACACUCGAUGCGAAGGAGACUGCAAGGCAGCCAAAGAAGCCAUGGCGGAGAGAUCGACUGAACAGAGUCACCUGGACUACGCUAAGCCCAAGGGCGAAGCGGCCGAGGGGCAGAGGAGGUUUGGAGGAGUUUCGGAGGCCCAGGCGGUGGACGGGUGGUUUGGUGGUUUCGGAGGCCGAGGCGGCAGAGGCGGUGGCUUCAGAGGAGGACGAGGAGGAAACGCGGUGGGCUUCAGAGGAGGAAGAGGCGGUGAGUGUCCAUCUACUGAUAUAGACUUCUACCAUUCCUAUAGUUUCUACCCCAGCAGCCCCUCAUCUACUCUCAGUGAUCACAGCUGGACAGCAGAGCCCUCAAGGACCUUUACUUACUCAGUGUUUGAGCUUCGAAAGCCUGUGUGGGUCACACUGUACAAGUCUACUGUCGUCAAACAGUUGGAUUGCUGA